AGAGGAAAUUAAUUUAAUUAGAAGGAAUUGGAUCCGAAAUAGAGAAAGGAGGGGAGAGGAGAGGAGAGGAGAGGAGAGGUGUGUGUGUGUGUGUGUGUGUGUGUGUGUGAUAUUUUGAUUUCACAUUACAGUUUUACAUUACAACCCAAACAACAACAACAACAACAAAAAGCUGUAUUUUCGAUCCCUUUCCUAUUUCUCCCAUCUUCUUCUCCAAUUCCCAAUUCCCAAUUCCCAAUUCUCAAUUCCACAUCCCUUUCUGGGUUUCAGAUCGAAGACCUUAACCAUUCAGAUUCCUUAAUCGCCGACCUAGAUCCCCUCCGAUCUGCUUUCCCAAUGUUCCUCAUUGACUGGUUCUAUGGCGUCUUGGCCUCCCUCGGUCUCUGGCAAAAGGAGGCCAAGAUCCUCUUUCUCGGCCUCGAUAAUGCAGGAAAAACCACCCUCCUUCAUAUGUUGAAAGAUGAGAGGUUAGUUCAGCAUCAGCCUACCCAGUACCCCACGUCCGAGGAGUUGAGUAUUGGAAAAAUCAAAUUCAAGGCCUUUGAUUUGGGCGGACAUCAAAUUGCUCGUAGAGUCUGGAAGGAUUAUUAUGCUAAGGUAGAUGCUGUCGUGUACCUGGUUGAUGCCUUUGACAAAGAGAGGUUUGCAGAAUCAAAAAAGGAGCUCGAUGCUCUUCUCUCUGAUGAGUCUCUUGCUACUGUGCCAUUCCUUAUUUUGGGCAACAAGAUUGACAUUCCAUAUGCUGCCUCAGAGGAUGAAUUGCGGUAUCACCUCGGUUUGACCAACUUCACCACAGGCAAGGGAAAAGUAAAUCUGGCUGAUUCAAACGUACGUCCAUUAGAGGUAUUCAUGUGCAGUAUUGUUCGCAAAAUGGGCUAUGGCGAUGGUUUCAAGUGGAUGUCUCAAUACAUCAAGUAGGUGAGAUCAAUAGAGUAUGUCAUACAGUUUCAUGAAUUGAUGAAAUCCCACCGUCCAAAGCCCCUUCAAGUCGUCAACGUACGGAUUGCAGUUUGAUAUUCAGUGUGUUAAGAGGGGCUUUAAGUUGAACUUUUUUUUUGCUUUCAGAUGAUGUGUGGAAGGAGGUACUAAUGCUUACUAUGUAAAAAUUCACUUCCUUACCUCAAGUUUAUUAUUUUUGACAUUCUUA